AUGUGGUCCUGGAACUUAAAUAAUGGGAUGUUGCUCCGUUCCGUGGUCGUUGGCUGGUGGCGCUGCGGACGCUCGCAUCCGCACAAUGACGGUGAUGUUUCUCGAACGGAUAAUCACUCACCAUUGUGUGUGUACACAUCCGUCGCGGGUGUCAAGAACAGUCCAUUGGAUGGUCGAGCUGGCGGUACUCCAUACAGUCGAUUGGAUUCGUCGUCCCUUUUUUUGCACCCUGCACCUCAGCAUAGCCAUGACGAGCAGCACGGGGUUUGCCGUGAGAGAGACCGGGAAGAAGAAGAAAAAGGAAAAACAAGGAUGGCGUGCAGCGGUGCAACCUCGCAAGGGACCCAAACUCAAAGCGUGACCGGAAAGGCUGGGCGGAUCCAGUUUUUGUGGAGAUCGAGUCGAACAUCGAACAGCCCACCAAAUGCACGAUCAAGCUCCACGCGACUGGCAAGAGGAGGAGGAGUAAGGACAACAAUAAGAAGAAGAACAAGAACAAAGAAGAACAAGAAGAACAACAACAAGAAGAAGAACAACAAGGUGGCGGCGGCGGCGGCGGCGGCGGCGGCAGUGCAGGUCCUGGAAUCACGAUCUUCUUUCACUACUCUUUAA